ACACACACACACAGAUAUGUUUCUUAAAAAAUCCAAACAACAAGCAAAUUAACAAUGUUGGAAGCUACACAGAGGUUUGCAGUUGUAACAGGAGCAAAUGAGGGGAUUGGAUUGGAAAUUGUGAAGCAAUUGGCCUCAAAUGGAAUCGCUGUGGUUUUAACAGCUAGAGAUGAAAAGAGAGGUCUUGAAGCCGUAGAGAAGCUGAAGGAGUUUGAGCAUUCUGGUCAAGUGCUUUUUCAUCAGCAUGAUGUUGCUGACGCUGCUAGUGCUGCCUCUUUGUCACAAUUCAUCAAAACCCAGUUUGGGAAACUUGAUAUCUUGGUGAACAAUGCAGGGAAUACUGGAGUGGAAGUAGAUGUUGAUGCAUUUGAAACAUUGUUGAAAUCCAAUACCAGAUUUGAAGCUUGGACAAAAGCAAUGACUCAAACUUACAAGUCAGCCGAAGAUUGCUUCCGAAUAAAUUACUAUGGUGCUAAAAGGACAACCGAAGCACUCCUUCCUCUUCUCCAGUUUUCUGGUUCUCCAAGAAUUGUUAAUGUUUCUGCUUUGAGAGGAAAAUUAGAGUAUGUAGAAAAUGAAUGGGCAAAAGGAGUACUAUGUAAUGCUGAAAAUCUCACGGAGGAUAGAAUAGAUGAGGUGUUGGGAGAGUUCCUAAAAGAUUUGAAGGAAGGUUCACUAGAAAGCAAAAAAUGGCCAACUUUUCUACCUGCUUAUAUACUAUCAAAAGCAGUAAUGAAUGCCUAUACAAGGAUUUUGGCAAACAAGCAUCCCAGCUUCAGAAUCAACAGCGUUUGCCCUGGCUAUGUCAGCACUGACAUCAACUUCAAUACCGGCGGCUUGUCUGUCGAAGAAGGUGCUUCUUAUCCUGUGAAGUUAGCCUUGCUGCCAAAUGAUGGCCCUUCCGGCCUCUUCUUUCUUCAGUUGGAAGUGUCAUCAUUUUGAUCUUUGUAACACCAUGUCGGACACUUUUCUUGUUUGUUUGUUUUGUUUUGUUUUGUUUUUUUUUUUUUUUUCUAUGAUGUUGAUGUUUAUAAGCAGCAUAUAGACUUUAUGUUGAAGAACUCUACUUGUAUACCUUUAAUGAAUGAGGCAGAGUUU